GGAGGGGUCCGCCUCGGUCUCCAUGGCGACGGGCGCCGCUACCGCCUCCCGGUGGGGGGGAGUGCCACGUGACCCCCUCGCACGUGACCGGCCGAGCCUUCCAGCACGUGACCGGCGGAGCGGCGGCUGCAUGGAGGCGAUCUCAGCGGGAGCCCCGCGCCCCUCCCUCCCCCUCCCCCUCCCCCUCCUCUUCCUCCCCCUCCUCCUCCUCCUCCUCCCGGGGCUGGGGGCGGCAGCCCCCCGAUCCCCCCCGCCCUUCCAGGAGCGCUUCUUCCUGCAGCCCCUGGACCACUUCGACUUCCAGAAGUGCCGCAACCGGACCUUCCCCCAGCGGUACCUCAUCACAGACAAGUUCUGGAAGCAGGGGGUCGGCCCCAUCUUCUUCUACACGGGCAAUGAAGGAAACAUCUGGGACUUCGCCCUCAACACCGGCUUCCUGCUGGAGCUGGCGGAGCAGCAGAGGGCCCUGGUGGUCUUCGCAGAACACAGGUAUUAUGGGAAAUCGCUUCCAUUCGGAGCAGCGUCCCUGCAGGGGCCGAACAUUGGCCUGCUGAGCGUGGAGCAAGCCUUGGCCGACUAUGCGGUUCUCAUCGCGUGGCUGAAGGAGCAGCACCGAGCGCAGAGCGUGCCAGUCAUCGCCUUCGGGGGCAGUUACGGAGGGAUGCUCAGCGCCUACAUGAGGCUGAAGUAUCCCAACCUGGUGGCCGGGGCCCUUGCUGCCAGUGCCCCCGUGCUGUCCACCGCGGGGAUUGGGGAUCCCGGCCAGUUCUUCAAGGAUGUCACAGCAGACUUUCAGAACUACAGUCCGGAGUGUGCCAAAGCUGUCCGAGAAGCAUUCAGACAAAUCAAGGACCUCAGCCUGGUGGGAGCUUACGGGAGAAUCGGCAGGGAGAUGGCUGUCUGCCACCAGCUUUCGACUCAAGAGGACGUCAAGCAGCUCUUUGAGUUUGCCCGGAAUGCCUUCACCAUGAUGGCCAUGCUGGAUUAUCCGUACGCGACGGACUUUAUGGGCCACUUCCCAGCGAACCCCGUCAAGGUUGGCUGUGAACUGAUGUUGGCCAGUAAGGACCCAAUCCGAGGGCUGGCAGCUCUUUCCGGAGUAUUUUACAACUCCACGGGGACGGAAAAGUGCUUUGACAUUUACCAGCUGUACCAUAAAUGUUCCGAUCCAACGGGCUGUGGCUUAGGCCCCAAUGCGGAAGCUUGGGAUUAUCAGGCCUGCACCGAGAUCAACUUAACGUUCAGCAGCAACAACGUGACUGACAUGUUUCCGGAACUGCCCUUCACAGAGGCCGCCCGGGAAGGUUACUGCUUCCACAAGUGGGGGGUCUGGCCCCGGCCAUCGUGGCUGCGCACCAGCUUCUGGGGCAGCGAUCUGGCUGCUGCAAGCAAUAUUAUUUUUUCCAACGGAGACUUGGACCCCUGGGCAUCAGGCGGAGUGCGGAAGAACCUGAGCUCCUCCCUGAUUGCCAUCACCAUCAAAGGGGGCGCCCAUCACCUUGAUCUGCGGAGCUCCAACCCAGCUGACCCCGCCUCGGCCAGGGAAGCUCGGCUACAGGAAGCCAGGAUCAUCCAGGGCUGGGUGGAGGCGGCCACCGUCAAGGCCACCAAGUAGCGUCUGAGUUGCCUUAACAGAAGCCCCCGGACCGCUGGGUGUGGAAGGGGGGGAGAGACUCUAGUGUCCUCUUGAAGCAGUGACACUUUCAUGCUGCAGUGCUGAAGAGAAAGGAAUAAAGCUCCCUCCAGGGAGGUUCAUGGAGGCUGGGAGGAAACAA